UCACAGAGAAAUAUUAGAUACAGUGUAGGAUCAAUGGAGACUGAUGAAACCAGCAUUCGGAGUGCAGAACUUGAUGAGGUCCAUGAACCCAUGUUGCCAGAACACUCCUCUUCGGAGGUAGUUGGCUCCGAACUAGAGGACAUACUGUCUGACCCAGGUUUGUCCCACUUCCAGCGGCUCCGGUCAGCCACCUUGCUCGAACUCAACAUCCUCUUCCGACUAGCAGGUCCAGCCGUUGUCGUUUACUUGCUGAACAAUCUACUUUCUAUGUCCACCCAGAUCUUCUGCGGUCAUCUUGGGAAUCUUGAACUUGCUGCCGCCUCUCUCGGCAACACUGGCAUUCAAGUUUUUGCCUUCGGCCUCAUGUUGGGAAUGGGGAGUGCAGUGGAGACCCUAUGCGGGCAAGCUUAUGGGGCACACAGAUACGAAAUGCUGGGGAUAUACAUGCAAAGGUCGACAAUUCUCCUCACUGCAACUGGGGUUCCACUUAUGCUGAUAUAUAUCUUCUGCAAACCCAUCUUGAUUUUACUCGGUGAAUCAAGCGCCAUUGCCUCUGCUGCUGCAAUUUUCGUCUACGGUCUCAUUCCUCAAAUUUUCGCCUACGCAGCCAAUUUUCCAAUACAGAAGUUCCUCCAGGCACAAAGAAUAAUAGUCCCAAGUGCAUACAUAUCGGCAGCUGUUCUUGUGGUUCAUCUCUUACUCAGCUGGCUUGCAAUUUACGAACUGGGUUGGGGGCUGUUGGGUGCAUCACUGGUCUUGAGUCUUUCUUGGUGGCUCAUUGUGGUGGCACAAUUUGUGUACAUUUUGAUGAGUGAAAAGUGCAAGGAAACAUGGACGGGGUUCAGUUUACAGGCAUUUUCAGGGCUCUGGGCCUUUCUGAAAUUGUCCGUUGCAUCAGCUGUUAUGCUCUGCCUGGAAACUUGGUACUAUCAGAUAAUAGUCCUGAUUGCUGGAUUACUCAAAAAUGCCGAGAUUGCGUUGGACUCUCUGUCCAUCUGCAUGACAGUAGUUGCCUGGUUCUUCAUGGUGGCAUUUGGUUUCAAUGCAGCUGCAAGUGUGAGAGUGAGCAAUGAGCUAGGAGCUGGACAUCCCAAAUCAGCUGCAUUCUCUUCUCUGAUAGCAACUUCAAGCUGUUUCAUCAUCUCUGUGAUCUGUGCCAUUGUUGUGUAUAUGUUGCGCAAUGUGAUCAGCUAUGCAUUCACCAGUGGCACCACAGUUGCUGAGGCAGUGGCAGAACUAUCUCCCUUCCUCGCACUCUCAAUCAUUCUCUGUGGCAUUCAGCCUGUUUUAUCUGGGGUGGCUGUUGGCUGUGGAUGGCAAGCAUUUGUUGCAUACGUCAACGUGGGAUGUUACUACAUAAUUGGUAUCCCAUUGGGUUGCCUUCUUGGUUUCAAGUUUGGUCUGGGGACAAAGGGUCUAUGGAGCGGGCUGAUAGGAGGGACUAUUGUGCAAACUAUUAUCUUAUUAUGGAUCACAAUUAGGGCAGAUUGGCAGAAAGAGGUUGAGAAAGCAAGGAGUAGGAUGGAUAAGUGGGAAGAUACCAUCAAGCAGCCUCUUUUGGAAGAAUAAAGAACAAUAAUUAAAAUCCAAAGUAGCUU